GUCCGCGCGAGCUGCAUUGUGCGAAAGAAACGACACUCGAACACGCUGAUCUACUUCUUUUUCCCCGAGUGGCAUUAUUCGGAAUGACUAUACAGUCAAGUUUCCACGGAAUUUCACGUUCGUUCGCAUUAUGAUGCGAUUUUGCAAUUAGCGCUAUUUAUCGUUGCCAAGACAAUCGCGGCCACAGCUGGAAGUGUACACAUAAAUAAGAAAGUACAAGGUAUUUUUACAUUUACUGCCUCGGAUGAAACGGAAAAUCGAUCUCGAAGGGGUUUCUCCCAUCUCCCCCUCCCAUUUUGGCACAGCGCAUCUGCUUGAAUGCAAGCCGCCGUUUAGCGUUGCUGAAGCGUCUGCCACGAGCUUUUUUGGAUGAGUGCAUUGCGAGUAUUGACCAACUUAAUUUACGAAGGUGCAAAACACUAAGCAAACGGGAAUGACGAGUAGGGUGGACUAAAUUACGCACAAAAGUUGUUGAUUCAUCUAUAUAUUUAUCUAUAUUUUUUUUUUUUUUUGAUCAGUAUAUUUUUAUUAGUUAGACACUACUAUAGUUUUAUCUAUUAUUAGGUGCUGAGCAAUACUCGUAUGCCACUUAUUGCUUUGGUUGGUCGGUUCCCUUCCGGAAAUCUCCAUAUUCAAGUAAAAAGACGGUGAAUAGGUCCGCGGCCGAAUAAAAUCCAUAGAUAAAUAAACGAUUUUUGUGCUCUGAUCGAGCGUGAUUUGACUUAGUCUGUCCUAUUCGCCAUUUUUUUUAACACGGUUCGUAGCAUUCCGAAAGGUCGCUAACAAAUCAAAACAAUAAGUAUCGUACGCUUAAUGCUCAUCGUCUAAUGAUAAAUAAAAUAGUCGAGUAUCCGACUAGUAAAAAUAAAUUAAUCUCUUUUGGUGACACCUGAAGUUGAGAAUCUAAUUAAUCUGGCUGUAUUUAAAGCACUGACAAUUUGUAGAUAAAAUAAUGGAUUUUUCUUUGAUACGAAAUAACUAAAAAUGUUACUGUUGCGUUUUUGCAUAUAUCGUCUUUCCUAAUACGAGAAAAGGACGUUUGCAGGUAAUUGCGGCAUUAUAAUCUACAGCUCAUUCGGCAUGCUUUCGCAUCGCGAUGAAGUAAAGGCGAGCUUCCUGGUUGGCACGGUGAGUGCGAGCGCUUGCUGCUGUACUUUGAACGCAGAGCGCAUCGUCCAAAUUUCAGAUAUAUGUAAAAUACACUUGAGUAUUUAUGAAAUAAACAUUUCCAAGUGUAUGCAUAUCUGCCGACACAUACUGAAAAUUAUACAACGUACUGGACAGCUAUGAUAUUCUGCGCGUUUACCGUAGAUUAUCUGUAGGCACAUCUGGAUCGUGCGAGUGAGAGAGAGAGAGAGAAGGAUAUAACGUACGCGGUAUAGGUACGUAGUUGCGCGCUGCAAUAGAGCCAGCUCGCGCGACAUAACCUUCAUUUCGCAUCGUUCGCGUGACGAAAAAAAAGCGCGGCGCGCUCUCUCGAUGUGUAAUAAUUAAGCUUUGUGUUUUCCUCCCUUUUUUUUUUAUUUCUUCACGCGUCCUUGAGUUCGUUAAUUUUUAAUGAGUCCGAGCAAACGCUAUGCCCGCCGACGAGCAGAACUACAGCACCGAUCGGAUACUCAACUUGAAGAGGGAAAACACGGGAGAUGUGCGUCCAAUAAAGAAAUCCAAGACCCAGGAGACUAGAUUUCAGUGUGUAGUGUGUCAGCAGACCAAAACGUCAUUGAGCGAACUCCACUGGCACCAGACGUAUCAGCAUUCAACAGAAGAGCUUUCGCUGUCUGUCAUCGGCUGGAAGGGCUUGGUCAAGAUUAUUGCACCUCCUCUGCCACAGGAGAAGGAAAACAGUGGCUCGCUGACAAAUCAGCGCUCCAUUUAUAACAGUUUCUCCAAGAAACCUUCCCAGUUCUACUAUUUAUCUAGUAGCAUUCUGCGAGUGAAGGACAACAAGAUUGACAACUCUGACGUUCCUAUAGAUUGUACCUUACCAGUGGCAAAAGUGGAGGCAGUCAAGGAAGAGCCUAGUCAGUCGGAUGAUCAAGCCCUGGUAGAGCCUAAGAUGGAGGUGGACUCCAACAUAAAUGACAAGUGGAAAGAAGAGUUAAGUUUAAUCAAAGAAAUAACUAUGGAGGAUUUUAUAAAAAGUGCCAAUCAACUGUGUAGUGAACUAGAGGACUAUAAAAGACUGUGUGUUUUGAAAAAGGCUAUAAAAAAGAAGCCUAUUUUGUAAAGUAUUACCAAUAUUUUUUAUAUAUCUUAUUAGUAGUGGUUGAAAUGUUAUUUUUUGAAAUAUAGCCUUGUUUUAUGAUUAUUAACAUAGGGUUUUUUUAAAUAAAUUUGAAUACUUUAUUUAGAAUUUGAUUCAAUUAAGUUAUUAGAAUGAUUAUUUAAUGAAUUAUUAAUUCAAUUUUGCAAAUACUUUUGUUGAAAAUGUCAUAUUGUUUUCUUAAAUUAUUUGAAAUAGUUGUUUUAUUUUACUUGUAUAGAGAAAUUCAUGAUAAUUUGAGUCUCUAUAGCUUUGUAUAUGAUGAAAUUACUUAUGAAAUGUAAGAAGCUUACUA